AUGAUCCCGAAGCCAGGCAAGAAACUCCAGGUCGAGAACCUCAGGCCGAUCUCCCUCACGUCGUGCCUGGGCAAGAUGUACGAGAAAGUAAUCACAAAAAGGAUCCAGUCGCACCUAGAGAGGAACCAACUGUACCCAGACAGCAUGUACGGGUUCAGAGCCCACCUGUCUACGCAGGACGUACUACUCCAACUCAAGGAGGAAGUACUCGAGAAAAUGCCGAGAAGUGGCGAAAACGUUGUCAUGGCCCUCGACAUAAAGGGAGCCUUCGACAACGUGAGCCACGCCGCCAUCAUGGAAGGCAUCAACAACACCAACUGCGGGGGAAGAACCCACGACUACAUCAGGGCCUUCCUGAGCGACAGAACAGCGACCGUGGGACUAGGCGAGCUGAGAAGCGACGUCUUCACCACGCCUUGCAAAGGAACACCCCAAGGCUCCGUGAUAUCGCCCGUCCUGUUCAAUAUGGCGAUGAUCGGGCUAGCAAGACGCCUCAAGGAAAUCCCGGGCAUCCAACACGCGAUGUACGCCGACGACAUCACGGUGUGGGUCACCCAAGGAUCGUUAGGGGAGAAGCAGGACAGACUACAAGAAGCUGCGACCUGCGUAGAGACCUACGUCAGGGAGAGAGGCCUCAGAUGUUCGACGGAGAAGUCGGAAAUCAUCAGGAUCGGAAGAAAUCCUACCAAAGCCUCGCUGGAAGUAGUUCUAGAGGGGCAAUUGAUCCCAGAGCAGAACAUGGUACGAAUCCUAGGCAUGUGGCUGCAGAGCAGCCGAAAAUGCAGCCAUACCAUCAGCCUGCUGAGAAGAGCCGCGGAGCAGGUUGGCAGAAUGAUCAGUAGAGUCUCUCAGAGAAGGUACGGGAUGAAAGAAGAAGAUACCCUCAAACUCGUCAACAGCCUAAUCGUUAGCAGAGUUAUGUACUCCUUGCCCUACCACGCAACAACAAAGGCGGAGCGAGAGCAAGCCGACUGUAUUCUCAGGAAGGCAUACAAGAUUGCUCUACACCUGCCCAGAAACGCAUCAAACGAGAAGCUACUCCAACUCGGAAUCAGCAAUACCUUCGAUGAGCUUGCCGAGGCUCAAUUGGGGGCACAACUCAUCAGACUCAGAGGCUCCUCUACGGGAAGGGCGCUCCUGAGAAGGUUGGGUCGGAACACGUGCGGACUGGUAGACAGAUACGCGGACGUACCGGACGACCUUAGAAAGACCUUUAAUGUAGGACCCCUGCCUAAAAACAUGGAUCCUAACCUACACGAGGACAGACGAACAGCAAGGGCCGAGCAGCUAGAAAGGAGGCUAGGCCGGUCAGAGAACACAGUCUAUACGGACGCCUCCAUGUACGUACAUGCAGGGAAGCGCUUAGCCGCUACGGUGGUAGCUAAUAGCACAGGAGACAUGGCCACAUGCGCCUCAGUGGAGGUCGUGGGCAUAACGGAGGCCGAGGAAAUUGCCGUCGCGCUGGCGGUAGCAGAAGGCUAUAGGAAAGGCCGAUCCCUAAACAUCUUAACAGACUCGAAAGACACGUGUAAAAACUAUACGAAGGGCAGAAUUAGCGGCAUGGCCCUCAGGAUAAUCAGUGGGGCAGCAGCCUCUGCUGAGCAGACACCCAUACAACACAUAAUCUGGGUCCCAGGCCACGCAGGCGUAGCGGGGAACGAAAGAGCAGACAGCCUAGCUCGAGGGCUUACAUACCGAGCAGGCAUGUCAGAUGUUCUGGAGCUUCAGCUACUAGCAUGCGAGGGGGGAUACACAGAGACAUUACAACUAUACAGGGGGACUAGAUUCAAGUACCCACCACCACACAAAGCCCUCACGAGGGAGGAAGCAGUCGGCUGGCGUAGGCUACAAACAAACUCCUUCCCCAACUUGUACAUCUAUAACAAGAUGUCACCAACACAAUACAGAGCAAACUGCCCCUGGUGCGGCGACACACCCACACUAUACCACAUCACAUGGGAGUGCGAACGAAAUAAAGCAUUCCACCAACACGAAUUCCCGAGUGCGGAGCAAUGGGAGAGCCGGCUCACCAGCAGCGAGCUCGCGGCCCAAAGGGCCUUAGUGCGGCACGCUGCUGAUGCAGCGCGACUCAGUGGAGCCCUGGACUAG